UUUUUUUUUAAUUCUUUCCCCUCCAACACCACCAAAUCCAACAACCACGUCGCCUUCAUCACUUUGCCGCAACGUGUCACCGUUCGAGUCGUGAAGGCCACAUAAAACAAAACGCCUCCUAAUUCCCGAUCCGAUCUGAUCACCACCCGACAAUCCAAAAUGUCGUACAACAAGCCCGAGAAGGACUUCGGCGGCGAGGCGGCCAAGACCCACAAGAUCCGCAUCACCCUCACCUCGCGCAAGGUCGCCGCUCUCGAGAAGGUCUCCAGCGAGCUCAUCGAACGUGCCAAGAGCAAGGACCUCCGCGUCAAGGGCCCUGUUCGUCUUCCUACCAAGACCCUCAAGGUCACUACCCGAAAGACCCCCUGUGGUGAGGGUUCCAAGACCUGGGAUUGCUACGAGUUGCGCAUUCACAAGCGCCUCAUUGACCUAAACGCUCCUACCGAGACUGUCAAGCAGAUCAUCGUCAACAUCGAGGCCGGUGUCGAGGUUGAAGUUACCAUUGCCGCCUAAACUAGGAAAUAAAGAGGUGGAGGAGUAGGGCUGGUAUGGAAUGCAUUACGCAGGAACACGAGUAUUCGUGAUAUCCUACAUCAUGUUCUAGGUGUGCCUCUUAUAUCAGGGUAUCUAGCAGCAUACGUAACAAAUGAAUACGAAUCGGAUCUAAUCAACAAAUCAAAUA